AUGUCGCGUCUGAAAGGAGUCGCGGCGCGGGACCCCCGAGCGGGUUUCAGAGCUGAAAGGGGAGACGGCGGGGCCUCCUCCGUACCCCAGGGGCUGUUAAAGGCGGCGAGGAAGAGCGGCCAGUUAAACCUGUCCGGGCGGAACCUCAGCGAAGUGCCUCAGUGUGUCUGGAGAAUAAAUUUGGAUAUCCCUGAGGAAGCUAAUCAGAAUCUUUCAUUCAGUGCUACUGAGCGAUGGUGGGAACAGACGGAUUUGACCAAAUUAAUAAUAUCCAACAAUAAACUUCAGUCACUUUCAGAUGAUCUCGGACUCCUGCCUGCACUCACUGUUCUUGAUAUACAUGACAAUCAGCUGACAUCUCUUCCUUCUGCUAUAAGAGAAUUAGAAAAUCUUCAGAAACUUAAUGUCAGCCAUAACAAACUGAAGAUACUCCCUGAAGAAAUUACAAAUCUCAGAAACCUGAAGGGCCUGUAUCUCCAGCAUAACGAACUAACUUCUAUACCAGAGGGAUUUGAACAACUGUUCAAUUUAGAAGAUUUGGAUCUUUCAAAUAAUUGUCUUAAAACUGUUCCUGCUAGUUUUUCUUCUCUAUCCAGUCUGGUGCGACUCAAUCUUUCCAGUAAUCAACUGAAGAAUUUACCAGCAGAAAUAAGUGGAAUGAAAAGAUUAAAGCAAUUGGAUUGUAAUUCAAAUCUGUUGGAAUCUAUACCUUCUGAAUUGGCUGGCAUGGAAUCACUAGAAUUGCUUUAUUUGCGGAGGAAUAAAUUACGUUUUUUACCAGAAUUUCCUUCUUGUAAAUUAUUAAAGGAAUUACAUUUAGGUGAAAACCAAAUUGAAAUGUUAGGGGCAGAACAUCUUAAGCAUCUGAAUUCUAUCCUUGUGCUAGACCUUCAGGAUAACAAGUUAAAAUCUGUUCCAGAGGAAAUUACACUACUACAAUCAUUGGAAAGGCUUGACCUAAGCAACAAUGAUAUUAGCAGCCUGCCCUAUUCAUUGGGAAAACUUCAGUUGAAAUUCCUGGCACUAGAAGGAAAUCCUAUGAGAACAAUUCGAAGAGAAAUUAUAAAUAAAGGAACCCAAGAAGUCUUAAAAUAUCUACGAAGCAAGAUUAAAGAUGAUGGACCUAGCCAAAAUGACUCUGCUAUUGAGACUGCCAUGACACUACCAAGUGAAUCAAGAGUAAAUGUGCAUGCCAUCAUCACAUUAAAAAUAUUAGACUAUAGUGAUAAACAAACAACUUUGAUUCCUGAUGAAGUGUUUGAUGCAGUAAAAAACAACAUUGUCACUUCUAUUAACUUCAGUAAGAAUCAGCUAUGUGAAAUUCCAAAAAGGAUUAUAGAACUGAAAGAAAUGGUUUCUGAUGUUAAUCUUGGUUUUAAUAAGCUUUCCUUUAUCUCUUUGGAAUUAUGUAUGCUUCAGAAGUUGAGUUUUUUAGAUCUCAGAAACAAUUUUUUAAAUUCUUUGCCUGAAGAAAUGGAAUCGUUGAUAAGACUACAGACAAUCAAUCUUUCCUUUAAUAGGUUCAAAAUACUACCUGAAGUUCUGUAUCGCAUCUCCACACUUGAAACAAUUUUAAUUAGUAACAAUCAGGUUGGAUCUGUGAACCCUGAAAAAUUGAAGAUAAUGGAGAAUCUGGUCACAUUGGACCUUCAAAAUAAUGACCUCCUACAAAUUCCACCAGAGCUUGGUAAUUGUGUGAACUUAAGAACAUUACUACUAGAUGGAAAUCCAUUCCGUGUUCCGAGAGCAGCCAUAUUAAUGAAAGGAACAGCCGCUAUUCUGGAAUAUUUGAGAGACCGAAUUCCUACGUAA